AUGAAGAUGCCUGCAAUUGGAAUCGACUUGGGAACAACAUAUUCAUGCGUCGGAGUAUGGCAACAAGGAAAAGUGGAAAUUAUUGCUAACGAUCAAGGAAACAGAACAACGCCGAGUUACGUAGCCUUUAACGACACGGAACGUCUGAUUGGAGAUGCUGCUAAAAAUCAAGUGGCUAUGAAUCCGAACAACACCAUAUUUGACGCCAAGCGUUUGAUUGGUAGAAAAUUUGACGAUCCGAAAAUACAGGCCGACAUGAAACAUUGGCCUUUCAAAGUCGUCAGUAAUUGUGGAAAGCCAAAGUUGGAAGUUGAAUUCAAGGGAGAAAGAAAGAGGUUCACACCGGAAGAAAUCAGUUCCAUGGUAUUGUUGAAAAUGAAGGAAACUGCAGAAAGCUACUUGGGUGGGACUGUUAAAGACGCCGUAAUAACCGUACCAGCCUAUUUCAACGACUCUCAAAGACAAGCUACGAAAGACGCUGGAAUUAUUGCUGGCUUUAACGUCCUCAGAAUUAUUAACGAACCUACUGCAGCGGCUUUGGCAUACGGUCUUGACAAGAAUCUUAAGGGAGAAAGAAACGUACUCAUAUUCGACUUGGGAGGAGGUACAUUUGAUGUAUCAAUUUUGACGAUCGACGAAGGAUCUCUGUUCGAAGUAAGAGCUACCGCAGGAGACACACAUCUCGGUGGUGAAGAUUUCGAUAACAGAGUUGUUUCGCAUCUAGCCGAAGAGUUCAAAAGAAAAUACAGGAAAGAUCUAACGAAAAAUUCGAGGGCAUUGAGAAGGUUAAGAACAGCAGCGGAAAGAGCAAAGAGAACUUUGUCUUCGAGUACCGAAGCCAGUAUUGAAAUCGAUGCUCUUUUCGAGGGUAUUGAUUUUUACACCAAAUUGUCCAGAGCCAGAUUCGAGGAACUCUGCUCAGACUUGUUCCGAUCUACUUUGCAACCAGUUGAAAAGGCUCUACAAGACGCCAAAAUGGAUAAAGCAGCUAUUCACGACAUUGUUUUGGUUGGAGGAUCUACUAGAAUUCCAAAGAUUCAAAAUAUGCUUCAAAACUUUUUCAACGGCAAGAGUUUAAAUUUGUCCAUCAAUCCUGAUGAAGCCGUGGCCUAUGGAGCAGCAGUUCAAGCAGCCAUUCUCAGUGGAGACCAAUCUUCAUCAAUUCAAGAUGUUCUUCUUGUUGAUGUUGCUCCUCUCUCACUGGGAAUAGAAACAGCCGGAGGAGUCAUGGCUAAAAUUGUUGAAAGAAAUGCAAGAAUCCCUUGCAAACAGACACAAACAUUUAGUACCUAUUCUGACAACCAGUCAGGAGUAACGAUUCAAGUAUUUGAAGGAGAGCGUACAAUGACCAAGGAUAAUAAUCUUUUGGGACAAUUUGAUCUUUCUGGAAUACCACCAGCUCCAAGAGGAGUACCCAAAAUUGAAGUUACAUUCGACUUGGAUGCCAAUGGAAUUCUCAAUGUAUCAGCCAAAGAUUCUAGCACAGGAAAUUCCAAAAACAUAACCAUCAAAAACGAUAAGGGAAGGUUAUCUCAAGCAGAAAUCGACAGGAUGCUUUCAGAAGCAGAAAAAUAUAAAGAAGAAGAUGAACGUCAAAGGGAGAGAGUAGCUGCCAGAAACCAGUUAGAGGGUUACAUUUUUAAUGUCCAGCAAGCAGUUGAUGAAGCUGGAGCCAAACUAUCAGAUUCUGACAGAAGAGAGAUUAAGAGCAAGUGUCAGGAAAUGCUUCAGUGGUUAGAUGGCAACACUAUGGCUGACAAAAGUGAAUACGACUACAAAAUGCAAGAAAUUCAAAACUUUUGCAUGCCCUUCAUGAAGAAGUUGCAUCAAGGUGCUCAACAACAACAACAACAGGAAUCUUGUGGACAAGAGGCCAGAAGAGAAAGCCAACAUCAAGGGCCAAUAAUAUCUGAAACUGUAGAAUCAAUAAUGACUGUUAAAUAUAGCAUUUUUAAUUGUAAAUAUGUAAUAAAUGUAAAAAUGUAA